CGGGGUGAAGGAGUGGCUCUGUCCUCGGCCCACAUGUGGUCACUUUGUUUAUAACGUGUGGAGGCUUCAGGUGACCUGGCACUGAACUGCAUCACGUCCCGGAUCCUGAGUGGGUUUGAGCCGAGGUGGAAUAAAUCACAGAGAAACAUCACGACACGAAGUUUGACUCGUUAAAUGCAGCCCAGACUGUGAUGUGACCAGCUGCACUGAUAUCUUCUCAUCCAUCUGUCCAGAUCAGUGAAGAUCACUCUGAGAUGACACUGAUUCGUGCUGCAGCGCUGCAGUCAGAAGGCAAACGGGGGCCCAGGGGGGUGGAAGGUCUUCAGAUGCUGAUGGUGUUUUUCCUCCCACUGCUGUGGCUGCAGGCUGCAGAUUCCACUGUCGCUGCAGAUGCCAAAGCCUGGAGCCAAACUGGGCCUCGGCUCCAGCUCUCCCACACCGACCUGAAGAACGGUUUGGCGGUUUUCUGGGAGGGCGGGGUCAGCGGUGGCUAUCAGGCGCUGCUGCUAGAUGAAGAUCAAGGCUGGUUAUUGGUGGGAGGAAAAGACCACAUCUACCUGCUAAAGCCUGACAGUUUGGACCUGCCCACUCGUAUGAUCUACUGGCCUGCAGCUAAAGAACAUGUGGAGCACUGCAUGCUGGCAGGGAAAGGUCUGGAAACAGAAUGUGCCAACUUCGUGCGGCUUUUGCAGCCGUUCAACAAGACCCACAUUUAUGCCUGUGGAACCGGUGCUUUCCACCCACAGUGUAAUUACCUGCACUUGGGCCUGAACACAGAGGAGCCGUUGUUCAUGUUGUCUCACACACUGGAGUCUGGCAGAGGAAAAUGUCCCUUCAGCCCCAAAGAGCCUUUCACUGCAAGACUGACUGAUGGAGAUCUGUAUGCUGGCACCUCAGUAGAUUUCAUGGGAGCCAAUGCUGCAAUCUUCCGGACUUCACUUCAGGGCAGCAGUCAACAUUACAUCCGCACUGAAGCCUAUGAUCACAACUGGUUGAACGAACCGGAGUUUGUAGGCUCCUUCUCCAUCCCCGACACUCACAGUCCAGACGAUGACAAAGUCUACUUUUUCUUCAAGGAGAGAGCGGUGGAGGCUGGACAGUGGGACAAAAGGGUUUACAGCCGAGUGGCUCGAGUUUGCAAGAAUGACCUUGGAGGGAAGAGGAGUCUGAUCAACCGCUGGACCACCUUCCUUAAAGCCAGGCUGGUGUGCUCCGUCCCUGGCCCGUCUGGAGUCGACACACAGUUUGAUGAGCUCGAGGACAUAUUUGUUUUGGAGACUAAGGACCCCCAAAACCCCACCAUCUAUGGUGUCUUCAGUACAUCCAGUUCUAUAUUUCGUGGAUCGGCAGUAUGUGUGUUCUCCAUGGCGUCUAUCCGUGCUGCUUUUAACGGACCUUUUGCCCAUAAAGAAGGUCCUGACUAUCGCUGGGUGGAGUACAAAGGCCGUAUCCCUUAUCCAAGACCCGGCACAUGUCCGAGCGAGACGUAUGACGCUCUCCAUAAGUCCACCAAAGACUUCUCAGACGAGCUGGUGAGCUUCAUGCGGCAGCACCAGCUGAUGUGGGAGCCUGUCCUGCCUCUGGGCGGCCGACCCAUCUUAACCCGGGUCAACUCACCGUACAUGCUGACAAGGGUCGUAGUGGACAGAGUGGACGCCGAGGACGGACCUUAUGAUGUUUUACACCUGGGCACAGAUGAUGGGAAGGUGGUGAAGGCUGUAUCUGUGAUUAAAGACAACUGGGAAACAGAGGAGAUCAUUUUGGAGGAGCUGACUGUUUUCCAGAGUCCCACUCCCAUCCUGAACAUGGAGUUGUCCACCAAGAGACAACAGUUGUUCGUGUCCAGUGAGCUUGGUGUGGCCCAGCUGGGCCUGCAGAGGUGUGAGUUAUAUGGAGACGACUGCGCUGAGUGCUGCUUGGCCAGAGACCCCUACUGCUCCUGGGAUGGGCAGACCUGCUCCAGAUACUUCCCCACCAGCAAGAGGCGGGCUCGGAGACAGGAUGUAAAGUAUGGAGACCCCUGGAGUCAGUGUCCAAUCACAGAGGACGAUUCUGACUUAGUGGAGGUGAAGCUGGUGUACGGUGUGGAGGGGAAUUCAACCUUCCUGGAGUGUAUUCCUCGGUCCCCACUGGCUGAGCUCAAGUGGACGGUCCAGUUGUCAGAAAACCAGCAGCAAACCCUAAGUCAGAUUCGUGAAAUCAAAGAGAGUGAAGACAGCCACUCUCUCCACAUGAAGCGGGGUUUACUGCUUCAGCGUCUGGAUCUGUCUGACUCAGGACUCUACAUCUGCACCAGCCACGAACACUCAUACAAACAAGUCCUGGCUAAAUACCGUGUCCACAUCAUCCCAAACCACAACCUCCACCCAGCCCGCUACCAGCAGAAUCACAGCCCGAACCACCAAGGAUCUGCAGCCUUUGGGAGGAUCGCCCCUGCAGGAGUGGGCGUCCACGGUUUUCUCGGGCAGACGAGUCUCCCUCAUCCACCGCUGUCAGGACAUAGAAGCUCAUGGCUGCCUCACAAUGCUCAGCCUCCUCUGAGGAGCUUCAAUCACCUGAACAUGGUCGGGACCAACAGUCUGAGCGUGGACGACUACUGUGAGCAGCUGUGGUACCGAGAGAAACGCCGUCAGCAGAAGCUGCGCACUCUGAAGAUGAAGCAGGAGAGCAGGAAAGCUCGCGUAAGGAGGAACAACCCCCCUGAGGUUCCCCUCUAGUCACUGAGACAAGACAAAGACUGUCAAUGGACAACAGAUCCUGUACAUUCAGAGGGAAGGAAAUGUUGAACUCAAGAAACUUUGCUUUUUAAGCAAAUGUCAGCUUGUGAAGUGACACUGUACAUCUGUAUGGUCUUUAAAGACUGACUAUAAAUUCACAAAAUGUAGACACAUAGCCUCUGAAAGCAGUUUGGCUUUUAGACACUACAUAAAAACAAACAGUUAUGUAGUAAGUUAGUGUUUCCUCUGGUUUUAUUAUUAUUUUAUUAUUGCUCAGUAAACAGUUGGCAAAAGAUUUGCGUUGAAAUCGAAGGUGUUUUGUAAGUAAUGCAAAAGCAGCAUCAAGAGUCUGAAUGAGAAAUGAAUGACAAACGUGUCACAUACAUUUGACACAUGCGAGCAUUGUUGUUUCAGACACAUUUUAUAAUCUAACUGGUCAAGCAUAAACAAAUACACAUAGCAACAAGAGAGGAAAUUAUAGUGAUUACCUGCUUGUUAAAAAUAAUGGCUCUAGUUUUACUUAAAGAUAAACUUAACUUUAAACACAAAGAUUUUGCCAAUGCCAAAAAACUAACUUUAAACCUUGUACUUCCUAAAAACUAAUGGAAUGAAAUAGGAAAUGCAGUUAGACUUACCAGACUAGUUACUCUAACGUUAGUGUUAUAGAUAUCCACACAUCAGCAGUCAUUUUCUAGUUUGUCUGUUUAACUUCAAAAUAUGCAUUUAUAUCUUGCAUAACAAUUUUGCAGUCCAUCUGCCUAAAUACUUGCAGCUGACAUUUCAUUUGUAACCAAAGACUCUGACAUAUAGGUGAAAGUUGCAGGUAAAUAUGUGUAAGGAUUUCACAAAGAAAGCUAACAGAAGUAUCAAGAGAAUAAACAAAUAACAGAAGACUUAACAGAGAACAGUGUUUGCCCAGUUUAGUGCCACACAUUGAGCUAUGUUUAACAAAAACCUAAUCUGUUUUCUACAUAUAUUUAUGAUUGCUUUAAUAUGUAAUGUGUGGAUAAGAUAUAGACUCAUACCAUCUGAAUAAAGGCCCCAGUGGAAACGCA